GGUUGCGGUGGGCGGGCCGUGGACCCUCCGGUAUAAGGCGGUCCCGGGGGAGUGAGGAGAAAGGGGGGGGUCUCGGCGGCCGGAGGAGGAGUAGCUGCGGGUGAAGAUGGCGGCAGCCGAGGCCGCGAACUGCAUCAUGGAGGUUUCCUGUGGUCAGGCAGAAAGCAGUGAGAAGCCCAAUGCUGAGGAUAUGACGUCCAAAGACUACUACUUUGACUCAUACGCCCACUUUGGCAUCCACGAGGAGAUGCUGAAAGAUGAGGUACGCACCCUCACAUAUCGCAACUCCAUGUUUCACAACCGGCACCUCUUCAAGGACAAGGUGGUCCUGGAUGUGGGCUCAGGCACAGGAAUCCUCUGCAUGUUUGCUGCCAAAGCCGGAGCCCGAAAGGUCAUUGGGAUCGAGUGUUCCAGUAUCUCUGAUUAUGCUGUGAAGAUCGUCAAAGCCAACAAGUUAGACCAUGUGGUAACCAUCAUCAAGGGGAAGGUGGAAGAGGUGGAGUUGCCUGUGGAAAAGGUGGACAUCAUCAUUAGCGAGUGGAUGGGCUAUUGCCUCUUCUACGAGUCCAUGCUCAACACUGUGCUCUACGCCCGUGACAAGUGGCUGGCUCCUGAUGGUCUUAUCUUCCCAGACCGGGCCACAUUAUAUGUGACAGCCAUCGAGGACCGACAGUACAAAGACUACAAGAUCCACUGGUGGGAGAACGUGUAUGGCUUUGACAUGUCCUGCAUCAAAGAUGUGGCCAUCAAGGAGCCCCUAGUGGAUGUGGUGGACCCUAAGCAGCUGGUCACCAAUGCCUGCCUCAUAAAGGAGGUGGACAUCUACACCGUGAAGGUGGAAGACCUGACCUUCACCUCCCCCUUCUGCCUGCAAGUGAAGCGGAACGACUAUGUGCACGCCCUGGUGGCCUACUUCAACAUCGAGUUCACCCGCUGCCACAAGAGGACCGGCUUCUCCACUAGCCCUGAGUCCCCGUAUACGCACUGGAAGCAGACGGUGUUCUACAUGGAGGACUACCUUACGGUGAAGACGGGAGAGGAGAUCUUUGGCACCAUUGGCAUGAGGCCCAAUGCCAAGAACAAUCGUGACCUGGACUUCACCAUUGACCUGGACUUCAAAGGCCAGCUGUGUGAGCUGUCCUGCUCCACCGACUACCGGAUGCGCUGAGGCGACACUCGGCUUUCUCCUGCCCUCGCCGGGCCGGCCCUGCACAGGCCCAGGGGCUGCGGCGUUCUUAGGCGGUUUUGGGGUCCCCCUUCUCUCCCUCCCUCCUGCAGAAGGGGGUUUUAGGGGCCUGGGCUGGGGGGAUGGGGAGGGCACAUCGUGACUGUGUUUUUUCAUAACUUAUGUUUUUAUAUGGUUGCAUUUACGCCAAUAAAUCCUCAGCUGGGACCUGGUGUGGUGUCCUGGGCAGAAUGGGUUGGGGUUCUCUUCACAGGUGCUGAGGUGGCAGCCUGAGCAGCUGAGAGGACUGAGACUUGAUGCCUGGGACUCUGCCCCCAUCCUCUUGUCUAUAGGCUAGAAGCUCCUGUCUCUUGGGCUCUCUGCCCUCCAGAGUUCUAGGGUCUGUGUCCCAACUCUUCUCUGUUGUCUCUUGGGGCUGCCACUGGGUAGGGCUUCUGUUAUAGUUUUGCUGGGCUGAGGGUGGGGUUGGAUUCCCAGCACAGCUGGGCCCUUAGGCUUCCCAGAACCCUGCCCCACCCUCUCAGCACCACAUUGUCACUGGGGCUGUUUUUUCCUGUCCAGGACCCUCCAAGGCCAGGCCAGGCAGGGUUGACUGGAAACAAGUGGGCCCCGUCUUCUCCACCUGGGUAAACUGAGUCAAGAGGGCAGUGGGGAGGUGUUCCUUGGCAGGGGAUGUGCCCCUUCUUCCUUCACCAACUCUGCUUGGAGCUUGGGUUUGGGGAGUUGCUCUCCACGGAGGUCGCUGGCAGGACUUACCCAGUUAACAGAGAUGGAACUUCCUUCUCAUAGCUCCGCAUUUUGCCUCACUGUGGUGGUGGACUCUACACCAGCCCUUCCACUGCAUGUCAUUCAGAGUAGCUCUCCCCACCCCUGCUGUCCACCCCACCUGGAUGGCCAGGGCAUUUUAACAAUUUCUACCGCCCUGGCUACACGUGCUUAGGUGCAGCAGGUGCCCCAGACCUGCAGAUACGGCCCCUGUUACACCUUAGUCCUUUUCCCGGGUUAUGCCAGGGCCAGACGCCCCUUUUCCACUUGUCCCACGUUGCUGGUCUUCUGCACUUCCGCCCAGAUUCUAGGAUCCUCCUUGAAGGUGAUGAGAGUGAAGUCGAUUCCCACCCGCCUCCGUUUCUGUCACUAUUUGCAGGUGUCAGCUGCCCCGCCACACUUUCCUGACGUAUUUAGGGGGUCUAAGGAGCGUAGCAUGGCUCUGCACACUCAGGGGUCAGGGUGGAGUCCUGCCCCUCUAGCGCGGGGUGCCACUUGGCUUUAGUCUUCUCUGGGAAGUGGGGACCCGCCCUGAUUUCACACUCUACAGUGGGCGCUCAGGGUUUAUCCGGGAAGGGGCCUCCACGGUACCCCGCCCGCUUAAUCCACAGUUUACCAGACUUUGACCUGCUCCCCACCGCGAUGACCGCCCACAUCCUCAUGCUGUUGCUCCUCACCUCUGCUCUAGGGGACUCGGCCUCCGCAGGCAGGCGGCUCUGGCACCUGGUACCCCAGCACCGCGGCCGCCUCUGCUCCCUGGGCACAUGUCAGACGCACCGCCUGCCGGAGAUUAUAUACUGGCUGCGCUCUGCCUCCACCAAGGAGUCCUCGGGGAAGGCUGGCCGCAAGCCCCAGGACCCGCAUAGCUAUGGGCGCCGCCGGCGCGAGGCAGGAGCCCUGCUUCAUCCCCAGGACCCAGGCCGUCAGCAAGGGGGCCAGGACAGUGCCCAGCUUAUGGGGUGACCUCAGCACUUCUCUGCUCCUGCCCUGGCUUCAGUGUGUCCGCCUGUGUAGGAAGGCUACUAUCCCCAAGUUUCUUCUCCCCUUGGGGUCGUCUUCCCCAGCCUCUCUCCAGACUGCGACUGGGCUGUACCCAGAACCAGCCUGGACAGAACACUAACGUCCAGAGCUUAAUAAACCAAAGAGUUUCAUGUUUGUC